AUAGCUUAGAUGAAUUAAAUAAAAAUAAGAAAAAAUAUUGUUUGUAACAUUCAUAUGAAUUUAAUGUUUAAUUUUUACUUUUUAUUAAAUUUGAAAUCAUCAUGAUGUUUUGUUAUAAAUAUUUAUAUUUACAAUAUAUAUUAAUAAUUAGAUUAACAAAUAGUGAUUAAUUAAAAAUAAUGUAAUCAUAAUGUGAUAAUAAUCUAAAUAUGAGUUUUGUUUAAAAAUAAAAAAAGAAUUUCUAUAUUUCAAUAUACAAAUAAUAUUUCACAAAAUUUUUGAUACUUUAUUAUAACAUUUAAUUUUUUCUAUGUUAAUAAUAAUGUUAAUAAUAUAAUUAUAUAUUUAAAUUUUAUUAUUAAUUUUUUUUCAUUAUUAUAAUUAUGAAUAAAAACAAAAUUUUUUUUAUUCUUAUAUUGUCCCACUUAUCAUAUGCAUGUAAUACUAUAUAUUUAUUAUUAUUCCAAAGUAGAAGAAACAUAACCUAUAAAAGUUGAAGCAAAUAUAAAUAAUGAAGUUACCAAUUAUCAAAGCUUUUACGAAAGUAAGAAACCCAUAUUAUGUUAACAUUACUCGAUUUCUAAGCAAAGAAAAUUUAUCUCGAUUGUCAUGUAAUGUUACAAAUUUUCAAAAACCACAUAAUAGAAGUUUCAAAACUAAUUUUUUUGAAAAUAAAUAUGAUAAUUCUUAUAAUUCAAAAGAAAAAACUUCUUUUGUCGAAUAUUGUUUAUUGAGCAUACCAAUUUGUGCUUUUAUGCUUGGUACAUGGCAAAUUCAAAGGCUUCAGUGGAAAAGAAAUUUAAUAGAUAAAUUGAAAAGUCGUACUAACCAUGAACCAAUUAAAUUACCAGAAAAUUUAGAAGAUUUGAAAUCAAAAGAAUAUUACCCUAUUAAAGUAAAAGGAACUUUUUUAUAUGACAAGGAGUUUAUGGCAGGAUAUAAAAGUUUAAUAAAAGAUGGUAAACCAGUAGAUACUAAUUUUGUAAUAAAUAAAGGAGGAAGAGGAUAUCAUAUCAUUACACCUUUUAAAUUAGCAGAUCGAGAUUUAAUAAUUUUGGUGAAUCGAGGUUGGAUUCCAAAAUCACUUAAACAUUCAUCAAAAAGAGAAGAAAAUCAAAUAAAGGGCGAAAUAGAAAUUGUUGGAAUUUUAAGAACAAGUGAACGAAGACCAUCUUUUGUUCCUAAAAAUCGUCCACAUAAUAAUAUGUGGUAUUAUAGAGAUGUGGAUGCUAUGGCUAAAAAAGGGGAUGCAUCUCCUGUGUAUAUAGAAAUGAUUGCUAACAAUAAUUUAAAUGAAUAUCCGCUUGGUGGUCAAACAAUAGUGGAAUUACGAAAUGAGCAUUUAAGUUAUAUUCUUACAUGGUAUUGUCUGUCUGCUGUAACUGCAUAUAUGUGGUAUAGGAAAUUUAUAAAACGAAUACCAUUUGUAGAAUAAAAAUAAGUAUAUACUACACAUAAACAUGUAAUAGUAUAAAGAAAAUAAUUAUUAGAAAAUAAUAU